GACAAGUUUGAAGUUGCGGUUUGACCACAUGCAAAAAACCAAAACGAUAAGAGCAAAAACAAGUCUUGGUUUCCUGUUAUCUUCAAAUUCUUUCUUCUUUCUUUCAACCACUCCACUCUCUUUGUAUUAAAAGUGUCGUUUCUGUCUCCAAAUUGCUUGUCAUUUUGCUGUUUGGCUUGAGGGAAAUUUGGCCGAAACGAAGAAGGGAGCGGAGAUAAGUUUUGUUGCAGAACGAAAAUGAGGUUUGGUCUUUCAAUGACCAAGGCUGUUUCUGUUUUUGUUUUUGGAUUUUUGGUUCUCAACUGCUGUGUGAACUUUGGAUCACACGCUCAGCUUUUGCCUGACGAAGAAGUGAGUGCUCUCCAAGCAAUUUUCUCAAAACUGCAGGUUAAAAAUAUUCGAGCGAACUCAACUUCUUGCACUGACCAUGAAUGGACUGAUUACGAUGGUUCAAAUGGAAGCAAUAUCACUUGUGAUUGCACCCAGAACAACAAUACUGUUUGUCAUGUCACUAUCAUCUUUCUUAAGGGCCUAAAUUUAGCUGGAGUUUUUCCAGAAGAAUUUGCAAAUCUCACUCUUCUGAGACAAAUCGAUCUUGCCCGCAACUAUAUCAAUGGAACAAUCCCUGCAAGAUUGGCUCAGCUCCAAAAUCUUACCAUUUUGUCUGUUCUAGGAAACCGUGUUGGCGGUUUACUUCCCCAGGAAAUUGGUGAUUUUUCUUCACUGGAGGAGCUGGUCUUGGAAGCUAAUGAAUUUGAAGGACCUAUUCCUGAGAGCCUUGGAAACGUGAGGAGCUUAAGGAGAAUUCUUUUUUCUUCAAACAAUUUUGCGGGAUCAAUACCAGAAUCAUUUGGCAACCUGACAAACUUACAAGAUUUUCGGGUAGAUGGAAAUAACUUGACAGGGAAGAUACCUGAUUUCAUUGGGAAUUGGACUAAUAUGACCAAACUUGAGAUGCAGGGAACCUCCAUGGAGGGACCUAUUCCUUCCUCUAUAUCACGGUUGACGAAGUUAACAGAACUGAGGAUUUCUGAUUUGAAAGGAUCAAGUUCGCCUAUCCCCAAUUUGCAGAAUAUGACUGAAAUGGAAAGAUUGGUACUGAGGAAUUGCUUGCUUAAUGGUACAAUCCCACAAUAUCUUGGGGAUAUGACAGCUUUAAAACUUCUAGACUUGAGCUCCAACCAGUUGACUGGUGAAAUUCCUGGAACACUUCAGAGUUUGGCUGCCAUAGAUUUUGUUUUCCUCGGCAACAACUCAUUGACUGGAGCAGUUCCCGGUUGGAUACUAAAUGGUGACAAGAAAUGGGAUUUAUCUUAUAACAAUUUUUCGGAGCCAUUUACAGCUAGUUGCACACAGAGCAAAGUGAAUGUAAUCUCCAGUCUUCCAUCCUCUGUGAGCAACUCAAAUUCUUGGUGCUUGACGAAGGACCUUCCCUGCCCCGAAAAAGCCACACACUAUUCCUUGUUCAUUAAUUGUGGAGGAAGUCUCUUGAGUUCUGGGGGCGACAGUUAUGAAGAGGACCUCAGCACAGAAGGCCAAUCAUUCUUUUCUUCGGUAGGCAGAAAAUGGGCUUAUAGCAGUACUGGGGUUUUUACAGGCAAUGAAAGUAUUAGUUACUUGGCAUCAAGCCCAAGCCGUCUGAAUGUGAGUGGUGAAGAAUACUACAAAACUGCACGCCUAUCACCGCAAUCACUUAGGUAUUAUGGCCUGUGCAUGCGACAAGGCAGUUACAAUGUGAAACUGCACUUUGCUGAAAUUAUGUUUACGAAUGAUCAGACAUUCAGCAGCCUCGGAAGGCGAAUAUUUGAUGUUUCAAUUCAGGGGGAGGUAGUUUUAAGUGACUUUAAUAUUAUGGAGGAAGCUGGAGGCGCUGGUAUUGGCAUCACCAAGGAAUAUAAAAAUGUCACAGUAAGAGGCAGCACUUUGGAUAUCCAUUUAUACUGGGCAGGGAAAGGAACUGCUGCCCUUCCGGCUAGAGGUGUCUAUGGACCUCUUAUAUCUGGUAUCACUGUGACACCAAACUUCGAAGUUGACACUGGGGGUUUAUCAGUCGGAGCCAUUGUUGGCAUCGUAAUUGCUUCAUGUGUAGUUCUCAUACUGGUGGUGUUGGUUAUACUAUGGAAGAUGGGUUACUUGUGGGCAAAAGACCUUGAAGACAAAGAACUCCGUGCUCUUGAUCUUCAAACUGGUUUUUUCACUCUAAGACAACUUAAAUCUGCUACCCAUAAUUUUGACCCUGAAAAUAAGAUUGGUGAAGGAGGAUUUGGGCCUGUUUACAAGGGUACAUUGGCGGAUGGUGCUGUAAUUGCUGUGAAGCAGCUCUCCUCCAAAUCAAAGCAAGGAAAUCGUGAAUUUGUGACUGAGAUAGGCAUGAUAUCUGCUCUACAGCACCCAAACCUUGUGAAGCUUUACGGCUGUUGUAUUGAAGGAAAAGAGUUAUUGCUAAUAUACGAGUACCUGGAAAACAAUAGUCUUGCUCGUGCACUUUUCGGUAAACCAGAACAACUGCUCAACUUGAACUGGGAAACAAGAAUGAAGAUAUGCAUAGGUAUUGCAAGGGGAUUAGCUUAUCUUCACGAGGAAUCAAGGUUGAAAAUUGUUCACAGAGACAUAAAGGCAACCAAUGUGCUGCUUGACAAAGAUCUAAACGCUAAGAUAUCUGACUUCGGUUUAGCUAAGCUUGAUGAAGAAGAGAACACCCAUAUUAGCACACGUAUAGCUGGAACAAUAGGGUACAUGGCACCAGAAUAUGCAAUGAGGGGUUAUUUGACUGAUAAAGCAGAUGUGUACAGCUUUGGGGUUGUUGCUUUGGAGAUUGUCAGUGGGAAGAGCAACACUAAUUAUAGGCCAAAGGAGGAGUUCGUUUAUCUUCUCGAUUGGGCAUUGGUUCUGCAAGAGCAAGGAAACCUUCUUGAACUUGUGGAUCCAACUCUUGGUACAAAGUUCUCCAAAAAAGAGGCAAUGACCAUGCUUAACAUUGCUCUUUUAUGCACCAACUCAUCUCCCACUCUCAGGCCACCCAUGUCUUCUGUAGUUAGUAUGCUAGAAGGCAAAAGUGCAGUCCAGGCACCGAUUAUUAAGCGCAACACUGACAGCCAGGAUGCGAGGUUCAAAGCAUUUGAGAUACUAUCACAGGACAGCCAAACCCGCGUCACAACCUUCUCUCAUGAUAGUCGCGAAGGACCUUGGGCAGAUUCCUCGACUUCUGUCCAAACCACGGACGUGUCCGUACAGGAUUCUUCAUCAAGAAAGCUUCUUUAGUAAUCUUUAAUGGUCAUUGAAAAUUUGAGACCUGAUGCUUUGAAAUUAUUUUAUAUAAAAUUGUAAAGAAGGGUGAGUUGAAUGCAUUUAUGUAGCUCGUAUUAUGAGUUUUAUUAAUUUAUUGGCAUGUAUUCUUCGUACAAGACUGUCAGAACAGUUUUCUAUUCGAAUUUUGAAAAUAGUAGAAGCAC